GUCGAGAUCAGGACCUAUACUCUCCAUGCCUCCGACGAAGCCCUUGAGAGAUACCUUUCUUUCAAACAACCAACUCGUUUUCUUCGCUGCAUCGAUGGACAGCCUCUCCGAAGCUGAACGAAGACGAGCACAAAACCGGGAGAACCUCCGUGCGCAUUACGGCUUGGCCCGAGCCAACACACCCCUCUCUCCACUCUCGGACUCGACACCGCGAUUGGAAUUGCCUCAAGAGGGAAAGUCAGACGAGGGGAAGGUCUCCAGGACAGAUACGGAUGCUUUGGAUUUAGAUUCUCCCAACUUCUCUCCACAGCAAUACUAUGCCAAACUCGUCACGACUGCUUCACUAUCUCAACUCAUACGACAGUCGACUGAGCUGAUCAAUGAUGCCAAGAACCUGAACUCGUCAAGACAUAGUCUAGUCUACAAUCAUCAUCACCAGCUCUUCUCUGCUGGGGACACGAUUUCACAGCUCAACGCCAAGACUCCGCAGCUACAAGCAAUCGUCAACUCGCUCCAAGAGUCUUUCAACGAGAUCUCCACCUUGGUAGAGAUUGUAGAAUUCCCGAAGGAGACCGAAGGGAAAGCAUUCGAUGGCAGCAAGUCUUGAGAAAGGCUGUCUGUCGACUGUGCUCCGCCUUGUAUAACGCCUCUUUAACGACCCCCUCACGAAGAUGAUCCAGCUUUGAUAUACCUGUUGCUAUCUGCUCGAACCUGGACUUCACAAUCUGCUGUCGAAAUGUUUCGCAAGCAAAAAGCCAGGCUACAGCAUCUGGGAUCAAGGUGUCGAUUUCGUGCGGAAAGCUUGUCAGUGGUUCCCGACAUCGCCCCGGAGUAUUCGGAAUCAUGUCGUCAGAUCCCGUGGCCGGGCGUAGCCUGCUCUAUAUCCCGGUCACGCCGUUAUGACAAGUUCAGACAACCUCCUGCAUCUGCGUUGAGCCAACAAGGCCUUGCCGGAUGUCGUUUUACUAGACAGUUUGGAUCGAGAAACAUCGGCGUCGGAGUGCUUCACAUCGUAACACGCUUUGAGUCGUUCGUGCUAAGCAUGAUAGGCAACAAAGUGGCAGAUUCGGUUCGUACAAAUAGAGC